AUGUCCACACCUCGAGUUCAGUCUCGUGAGCCGCGAAAUGCAAAGACAAAGGCUAUGGAAAAUGCAGGUAAUGUGCCGCGCACAAAAGCAGAUGUGCCGAAUGCAACUCAGACCACUUGCAGCCUGAGCAACAAAAGUUUACCUUCAAAACUGAAUGACUCAGAGGAGGAUGGCAAUGAAUCUAAUGACAGUGCAGACUUGGAACCUGAUAAGCGUCAAGCAUUAUUCGAGUCUGAUGAAGAUCAGGAGGAGGAUCUCGCGAAUGGUAAUGAUUCUGAUGCUGACUGUGAGGAGAGUGAGGGCGAGCCUGAGGAUCCUGAGUCAACCGCCAGGAUGCUCUCAGACGAGGUCCCUUCACUUGUCAGCAACAUUAAAGUCAACUUGAAGUCAAUGCAAGUUAAAUCUCGUGGCAAAACCCAGUCUGCCUGUGAUGCCAAACAAGCUGCAGAGAUUCCAACCUGGCGCGAUUUCGACAACGGUGACGGUGUUUCUGAUGAAACCACCACUGCUUGUGGCAAGUCCUCUGAGCCUUACUCUAGCAACAUUGAAGGUGCUCCAAAGGUUGAACCCAACUCUGCACUGACUCAAUCGGCUCAGACCAUCGCGUCUCUCAUUCGAACAGAGAAGGGACACAUCAAAUUACUUGAUCAAAAUAACGAGACUCGGCGAGUAGUGCGGGAUGCGAUUGUUGAUGCCAAAGGUUACAUUAUAUUUGUCGAUGCUUAUCCUGAGCUUGUGGACAAAAACCAAGUCGCUCUGCAGUCAUUACUAACAGUGGCUCAGAAUCGCGGUGCACACGCCAUUAAAGAAUGUCUUCAAACUGAUGCGCAGUAUGCUGCUCACCUCGCUACUUUAGUGGAGCCACGCAUUCCAUUAUUGCGCCGUGACCUGAAAGUGGCCACCUGCACCAACAUCGAUAGUUACUUUCAUUUCAGCAAUAACAUGGUCAAGGCGAAGAAAUUGAUGGAGCAGCAUGCAUACAUAUAUGCAUUGAGGUUUGACAUGAGUAAAUUCUCGAACAAUGAUGCUUCACCAAUAGGCAAAAAACCCUACCAGGGUGACCUGCUGAUCUUUCUCAUAUAUGAGGGAGUCUUCAGCGAUGCGAAGUCUAUCGGCAUCAAGUUUGCCGAGCACUUUGCCAGACUGGCAAACAACAAGGGCAAUCGUCCUGAAUGCCCCAUUCCAUUACUGGCACUUGUGGCAACAGCAGUCUAUGCAGCCCUUUUCUGGAAAACACUUGGCUCACCAGGGAAGUUCAACUUUACAGGGAAUCAAUUCAGCGAGACAUAUGUGUUUCACAUCAAGUUCCUUGAGGACGUGAAGAGGGAUGCACCAGGCAAGUUUCAUUGCAUGAUGGCUGAUAUUUACGAAGCUGUACAGACCUUGAAAUGGAAGGGGAAUGAUCAUUUCGCCAAUGAGCAUUGA